AUGCCUUUGGCUUGGCCUCCAUAUAUGGUAACUCUUCUGCAUACAUUAUCGUAUGAUUCUCUCGUAAACAUGGCUGAAACAGCGGAAGACCACCGAACGUCUUCGGAAAAUGAGGUAAGGCUGCCGAUCCUUUCCUUUACAAUUGCUUAAUUCCUACCGAUUUUACUUUGGUAAUUUGGCUUGGAUUUUAACGGGCUCGGAUUUACUUUUCAUGAAAGCGCGUUUGUUUAUAGUGCGAAAUGACAUGAAAAAUUCAUCACUCAGUCUGAAAGAACGCAGUACGCGCCAAAUUUUUGCGAUUUUUGCGGCAUCUGAAGACUGCGAUUUAUUCUAUUCCAAUGCGAUUUUAUUUUCAUUGAAAUGGUUUGUUGUUCCAAUAGCAUUCCAUAUAGUUUCAUGUGAUAAAAGUGUUUGUAUAGAAAGAUUUGUUUUCAUGUAUAAGUAUUGCACCAAAGACUUUACAAAUCAUUGUGAGGCAUGUACGCUUGUUUGAAGGGAUGAAAUUAGUUUGGAAGUUAAGUCUAUGAGAAUCCUCUUCAUCUGAAAGUGGUUUAUUGCUUUAUUUCAGGUACAAAAAAUAAAUUUACCCUCCGGUUUAUAAAACUAUGUAAACGUACACGAAAAAACCAUGGCGCUGUUGGGAGUCACUUGUAUCAAAGCAUCCUAUGUUGCUACUUAUUGUUCAACAAGACGCCUUGCUGAACGCCAAAUCGUGCCCUUAAUGUUUUAAUAAAGUUGAAAAGAGAUACAGUUUUUGACAUCUUUAUUUACAAACACUUAUUAGCUUGCGACAAAACACAGUUUGUUCCACUUUAUGCUCGACUCUAAAUCAAAAUUUAAUUCACAAUAUUUUAAUGAUGUCGGCGAUUUUAUCGUUUAUGAAGUGUAUUUGAUGUCGGUUUUCAUUACCCAUGUAAACUCCUUAAAGGUUGUUGAUUAAAAGCUUUAGAUAAGCUGAGGAAAUCUAUCGGAAUAAGCGUUAAGAAUUCUCACUUCAAAUCGUGUGUCGCAAAACGUGUGUCGUACGUAAUCGCAAAACUAAGCCUUUUAAUUUUCAAGACAUUUGAAUUCACGACAAAAUAACCUAAAAUUUUUCAAUUCUAUUAAGGUAGAUUUAUAACUUAUUUCUUGUUAAAUAAUGCAUUACAUUUUCUUUUACUCACCUAUCUUUAGGACUAUUGUAGAAUGAGAAUUUUAAACAAAUAUAUGCCAUCAUGUACUCUUGGGAUAUUAUUAUUUUCAUUAUGAAAAUAUAUUGCAGACAGCUCUGUAGACCCUUUGUAAACAAAAAAAGUGUUAAUUGAGUUUGGUUGAUUUCCUCUGUUUUAUACAAUUCACGAGUUACAUUUUUUGUCUAAGAAACCCACAUGCCCAAAAAAUGAAUGUGUAGCUUCAUGUCGUUACUUGAAUUCAUUUUGUUCACAGACAUCAGGAGUGACAGGUUCUGCAGAAUCUAUAGAUUUAUCUUGUAUCCACGUAAGUACAACUAAUGUUGGAGGCUUUAAUGACAGUUUGUACCUGAAAUAUAUUAACGAAAAGCAAUUAUGAUAGAUUUUACAAGAUCAUGUUAAGCCCAUAUAGUCCUUUAGUGAGCUACAAGGCUGCUUCAGAAUUAUUUCAUGAUCAAGUGAUAAUGCAAUGGUAAAUGGCAAAAAAGAAAGCAAGUGAUAAUCAGAUUUUUUUCUCUUUCAGUGGGGGUACCUAAACUGUACACUAUUAAAAGAUCCAAAGAAGAUUAAGGUGGGAAUUUGCAUUUAUACAAAUGAAAUAUUCCGAUGUUUGGGAAAUUCCAUAUAAGAUUAGUCACAAGGGGGAUCUUAUAAUUCACACUGUAUGUAGUAGACUAAUGGUUGACUAAUUCACCCCAUCAUGCACUUUAUAACAGCUGAAAAUAGUGUAUUGUGUUCACGGGCAAACAUCCUUUAGUGCUGACUUCUCAAACUAUGUAAAAUUCCUUUAUUUUGGCCAGGAUAAUAUUUGGCAGACAUUUUGGGUUGAUCUCUGUGGAUCUACACUCAGGCUUUAUAAGGUAAAAUUUACUUGCAAAUUAUGAUUCAUGUUCUUUACUGAUUGAUUUCUUUUCAUCAUUAAUGUUCCUAUUACUUUUUUAAAAGGAUUUAUCUCUACCACAAAAUUCUGCCAAUCAACUGCCUCCUUCAAGUCUCAGUGUGCCCUCUAAUGAGGUUAUUAUAUAACUGUUGUCUGAACUUCUACACUUGAUUUUUUCUGCAUCUGUCUUUUAUACUAUGUUUUAACUGGUAUUGUAUUAGUGAAAUAACUCGUAUGGCCAAAUAUACUUGUAGAAUGAAAAGAAAGAAGCUUUUAUUGUCUUGAAGAAGGGGACAAAAGUUCAAAUUUUAGAACCAGGAUUUGAGGUGAGUCGCUCAGCUGAAAGUUAAUCCACAUAUGUGUACAUGGGUAUGCAUUCCUAUGUCUUCGUUCAAACUUCUUCUUGGUUACAUAAUUUUCAAAACAGUUUAAUCUGUAUUUUGUUUAGUCUUUUAAUUUUUAAUUUAAUUUUUCAAGCUAAGAAAGAAAUUGAACCACAGCGCGCACACACACACACACACACACACACACAAUAUUAUUCUUUUAUGUUAUCAUCAACUAAUUAGCUGUAACUUUAUAACUUAUUCUUUCUGGAGCCUUUUUUUAUGCACUAAUGUUUUAUAAAAUUUAUUUUAAGUAAUGAAUUAUAUUCUUUAUUGUUCCAGUCACACAAGUCUCAAAAGAGGAAAUUCACAGUGAACAGAAAACAUGUGUUCAAGGUUUCUUUUACCAGUGGAGGCACAAACUCACCAUCCUACCUGUUUCAGGCUCCAUCCAAAGGAAGCAUGUAUAGAUGGUAGGGUUAAAAAAACUUUUUUUCUCUGAGUGAGUUUCCUUACUAUAUUAUAUAAGAUAUCAACCUUUCCACCCUAACAUCAGCAUGUAUAUUCUCUAUACUGUACUUAAUACAUUUCCCAAGGUGCUGACAAGGAGAAUUUGUUUAAAAAUCAAGAGUUUCUUUAGGGCCUAUUUUCAUGGAGGUGGGGGACCCCAGAUAGAUAAGGUAACCUACCUUGAUGGGGUAACCUGCCUGUCCAUAAAAUCUUGUAUUUUAUCUUCAUCACAUUUACAUGAUAGGUGGGGUGACCUGCCUAGGCAGCAUACAUGGUCAGCCAAGUAGGGUAACCUUGUCAGUGGGGAUGACAAUUUUCCAUGUAAAUGUCCUCUUUGCAAUGAAACCUCAACAGUAAUUCAAGGCACAGUUUUACUUUGAACUUAACAUGACAUUCACAUGUUACGCUGAAGUUAAGGUGUUGUACUGUCAGAAACAGUUUACGCAUCCAGCUAUCGGUGGAAAUCUUUGAGGAAAAUAAAUUACUUUUUAUCAACAGUGUUUUACCACAUGUCACCAUAGUGCCAUCUUACCUCUCUAAUUAUAAGCAUAACAACAACCUCAAGAAACUUCUUUAUGGCAUCCCUGGGUAGUUAGAUUGUAUGCAAAUGCAGGCUAUUUUUCUACCACAGCUAGGCACAUUACCUCUAUUACCUGGGGUCCCCCACCUUCAUGCAAACAGGCCCUCAAUUGUUAAUCAUUUCCACUAUUCUAGGGACCUUGAUGCGUGACUCUGAAAAAUUGGAUGCUGGUUACUCUUAGGGGUUCAAAUGGGUUAAUAAAAAAAGAUACCACAACAGAUAAAAUUCACUUUAGGUUUGGAUGAUACUGUAUUUUAGCUUUGAUGGUGGCAUUGUAUGUUAUAUAAUUACCCAUGCAUUUGUUUUUAACAGGAUUAGCAAAAUUGAAGAAGCAAUUGAUAUGUCUGACAAACCACAGGUAAUUUGAUUUGUAUUUACUUGCCAGUUUUUUAGUCUGUGUUAUUACCAGGACCAAUUUGUACUUUGUGUGUAAAAAAACCUGUAUUUGCAACAAUCAAUGGUUGACAGGUACAUACUGUAUCAUUCUGCAAUUUAAAAUGGUAAUCUGUAUUUUGUUUUAUUUCUCUCUUCCAUUUUUGCAUGGAUUGAUGACAUGUGACUCAGAAUGAAUCCACAACAGGUAUUUCUUUCAAACUCUGUGUUUUUUUUUUAAAUAAAGAGCAUUUUCUUCCUCCACCCUCUGUCUGUAUUUUUGUCUUGUUCUUUAAGAUGAUAUCCAUGCUUAUAUCCCUUAUGUGGUAAAAUGGUGUAGUAGUGGAAUGGUUAAAAAUGAAUCUUGGCAAACUGUUAAAAAACCUGACCAAAUGGUGGGGGGUCUUUUGCAAUAGACCAGCAUCCCAUGAAGGGAGGGGGGGAGGGGGAGAAAGAGGAAGAGCUUAAUUACUACAAGAACUGUGAUGAGCUCUAACCUGAUGUACCAAUCAGUUUUUCAAACUAACUUUGCCUUAUUUUGUUCCUACAUGAAUGAUUCACGUAUCCACCAAAUAACUGGGAAAAAAUUAAAUUGAUUUGUUUUCCUGUCUGAAAGGUUAACAUUAUGUUAAUUUUCUGUGCUUUGUUCUCUAUAGGAAAAGUGAGGAGUUAAAUCAGUAAUUUAAUUUUGAUUCAUAAAAAAGUGUAUAAUUGUGAGAAUUUCAUCACUGAAGAGUCUUUUAAUGUGAAGGGAUGUAACCUGUAAUGUCUAAAUCAAACGUUCUGCUACAUCUGACUUUUAAUUCUUUAAAUUUCUGAUCAUUUUAUCAGAUUCAUUUUAUAAGAUUCAUAAUAAUCAUGGUAAUCUUCAGUAUUAUGAAUUGUUGAAUGAUUUUUCUAAGUUAUAAACCAGUGUUUUUCUAAUAAGAGUAGCUAAUGUUUUAAUGGAGCUUUGAUUGUUCAUUUCUGUUUAUAGUUGUUUCAGCUGUAACUUCAGCGCUAACAUAUUUGAGGGGCUUUUCAUUUCGUAAGUUUAUUUAAUAAAUCAGUGGAAAUCUCUGACAUAUUAUGCAUGAAGCUGGCAUGCACUGUGUGCAGGGAAUGCCUUUGCUUCUCUGUAUGAAAAAGUUUUGUCAGACCUGGUGAAGGACAAGGUUGAGGUAACAUUUCAAUGUUAGUCAGACCAUACUGCCAAGAUACUUGAAAAGUACAAUUUACUGUGAUCUACUCUUGAAACCUGUCUGAAAGAGGAGAAACUUUAAUGUUUCUUUCAAUACUUUAUGUUCACCCUUUCACUCCCAAGAUCUUGUUAGUAAUUCUCGUCACUGUCUGCCUUACAAUUCUCAUGAUGUUAGUGUUGAGAAUUUAGUAUUGGAUCCACAAAUGUCCACUUGAUAUUGUAUUGAUAUUGUAAGGAGAAAUUCUGUCUUGGUCACUCAUGGGAGUUAAAGUGUUAACAUCCCUGUUAAGCCCAAAUUAUUCUAUUUCAGUCUCCCAUUCAUAAUUACUAAUUCUUUUUUCUUGAAAGAAUGAAAUGAAAACACACUCCUAUCUUAGCAGUAGCGAUAACAUUGAAAUGUUAUCUGAUGAUGUUAAGAUUUGUUCAGAAACAUCAGAAGCAAGUCCACAGUUAGAUAUAAUAUGUAACAAUUCUGUAAUAAACCAGAAUAUUACAUGUAAUUUGCACACUAAACUUUGGAAAUCAGUACUUAAUGACUCAACAUGUCCAUUGAGUUGUAACCAGGUGCACUAAAUUAAAGUUUACACACACUUGCAAGCUAACUUGAAUUUAGAACAUUAACAAAUAAACUCUUUCUUUAAGAUGUGAACUCGUUCAUGAAAAAUACAUUAACCAAGCACCAGCAAUUUUGAGCACUUCCACCAUUCAUGAACUAAAUCUAAUUUAUUUUAUGUUUAAUUUUUCAAGUGGCGUUGUUGCUCGAUAUAUUUUUUUUGUGUACUUUCGUACUUGGAAUUGCCGCUGAUAUGCAACUUACAAGAAACAAUCCAUCUCCAUUUUCUCGCUUGCUCCAAACCGUUGCAUGCAAGAACAGCAAGAACAGCUUUUAUGUCACUUACAACUACUGAGGUUAUUUUAUUGUGCUUAAUUUUUCUAUGUCGCACUCUCUCACGUCACAGACAAGAGACUCAAAGAAGCUAAACUUCGUUCAAUGGAGCAACACAGAUUCCGUAUGGCCCCGGAGAUGUAAGUACAACGCAAAAGCGGUUUGCGAUUAGAGAUUUGCUUAACUGACAAAAGUAAGCACUGUAUUCAGUGAACUCUUGCCUCAAAUAAGAAAUUUUUUUUAACGCAAAAAAAGUGAGAUAAACUUACCGUUUUAGUAUUCUGUAGUUUGUGUUGUGGCGGCCAUUUUUGAACCGGGUAGGCGUGUGAGAUCUGAAACGGGUAACACGUGGAUGUGAUGGAGAGAAAUCUUCGGAAGCUGUCGGAGCUCUAAGGAACGAGGCAAAUAACGAGCGUAUUUCCAUUUUUAGUAGCUCCGAGAGUGUUCCGAAGAUUUAAGGCGAAUCGGAAUAUCAAAUUUGAAAAUCGUAUUUGCUUGCGUUUUAGGAGAAUCCCUGAUAGAGAUGACAUUGAUUCUGGCAUGGAAGGUAAAAUACUUUCUACCUACUGUGUUUAUUAGUGAUUGGAUGUUCUUAGGACAGGAGCAGAGUUAGCGGCGGGGAGGGGGGGGAGUGAGGCCGAGCAACAUAGCGACACUCCUUUGGCGAUCCUUGCUGUUGUUAGGAAACUGGAGAUUUCAAAAUAUUGGGUCGGCAAAUCACGUUGAUAAUGGUUUCCACCCCAUGUUCGGCGUUAACAGAGCUUUUCUCGUUGAAGGAUCUGUUGAUAUCAUUUCAGUUUUGGAAAAUAGAAUUUUGUUUUUGGCUUUUUGAAGGUGACGUAGAAGAAGUUUAUGAAACCUCCAAGAAACUUGUGGACAAUCCUCGGCUUGAGCUAAUGAAGGUAAGCUCACAUACAAAACAUUUUACUCAAUUCUUGCUAUUAUUUUGAACAUGAGCGAAAUUUAAAAACAUGUACAUCUUAUUUUCAAAUCUGCUCAUGUAACAAUCCACUUUUACCUUCAUCGACAUGACAGAGCGCUUUUCGAUUGAGUGUAGUAAAACCAAAACGACCAAUCAGAAAAAAGGAAAAUAUCUUCGAGAACCAAUGAUACUCUAAGUGAAAACAAUCGAAUUACCCAAAGCGCGGGAAAACUCGGGCCACUGACUGAUCGGUUUUAGUUUUGCAUCUGAUUGGUUGAGAAAACAGCGCAAAUUUUCUGGACCGAUCACACUGCGAGGUUAGGUGCAUACAAUCUCGGAUUACUUUCGACACUUAAUUGAAAAAUGCUGUACGUGGUCAAUUGCUUUACCUGGUGAGAAAACUAGUGCUUGGUCCUGUUUUUGUGAAAUAUUGUAACUGAUAAACCAUUCACUGUUGUGCUUGUUUCUCCUGUUUUUGUAGAAGCAACUGCAUGACUUAGAAGAACUUGUUCAACAACUGGAGAAAGAAGAGGAGGCUUUCUUGGGAGGAAGUCUUUCACACCGUAAGUUGGAAACCUCGGAUACAGUUGUAUGAAUUUUGUUUAAGUUUUGUUUGGCUCAGUGCAUUAUAAUCUUGAUCCUGAUUAGCUGUUGUAGUAAUUUUGGUUUGGUUUUACAAUACUCAAUGCAAAAGCACUCGAAGGGAACUAUAGUCAUAUUUUUAUUUUUUAUGUUUUCAGUGACGAGGAGAUGCGAGUUUCAUUCAACGACAACCAAGGAUUAUUUUCUGAUACCAGGCCACUCUCGGACACUGAUUCCCAAAGGAACAGAACUUACAGUACUGGGACAACUUCCAAACAAUCGCUGGAGAUGUUGUGUGGAGCUUCCACGAAGUAAGUCAGCGGGACUUGCAAACGGACAACACUUGGAAUCAUCUUCGGAAGUCGAGAGUAUUUCUUCAUUUGAUACCGCCGACGACGAAAAUGUUACGAACACUAAGCCGAACACGGACAUUUUAAUCGGAAGCGUUCCGAACAGUCUACUCAACGAUUUAAGCAAUCUGAUUUCGUGUAAACUAAAAUGCGAAGACGGGACACCUGUAGCUUCCCCAGGGGUUACCCCUCAAUUAUCCCCCUUCCCAUCCCCACCUCACUCCCCUUAUUCCCCGCAUAAGAACAAUCGGGACUCGUCUCCAGGUAAGCGAAGUUCCUUACGCAGGUCUAUAGCGAGUGAAAAUCUUAGUGAACAAGAUAUAUGGGAACAAUUUUGCAUACCAUCCCCACCCUCGUCGCCUGUUACAUCACGAUCUACCUCCCCCUCUAUGUGUCUCUCUUGUUCUCCGGGUGGAUCGCUCGAGGAUUUGGAUUUUGUUGAUAAGGAAAGCUGCGAGACUGUAAAUCCCGAGGAAAAUAAGGAAUGUUCUGAAGUAAUUCUGAGACAAGGGAGAGAAAAAGAUGAAAGAGAUUUGUCGAUACUGAAAAGUCGUAGAGAAGCAACUUUUAUGAUCGACGAUAUUCCAGAGACUUACAUCGGAAGUGAUUCAGAGGAUGAUAGAAUGGUGACAGUGAUUGAUGAAGUACCCCCUCAUGAGCUGUUGGAUUCUGAGAACAUCGAACAAGAACCUGUGAAAAUGCGAGUUAAAAAGGACCAGUCACAUCGCGAUUCUGGUAGGUGUGACAAGCUGUUAGCAGAAUUUAGUGAUAUGUUGUUAGGUAUAUUGAACAGCAGCGUAUGGAUUUGUUACCCAGUGGCUUUCAAUUGAAUGGUCACGCACCUGGGUGUCAUCUUCACAUUUAGCCCUUUAAACCCUUCACAUCUGACAUCAGUAUGCGUAUUCUCCGUACUAUUCUUAAUAGAUUUCCUAAGGUGCUGAAAAGGAGAAUUUGUUCAGUAAUCAAGACUUUUUAUUAGUAGAUGAUCAUUUCCCUUAUUCUUGUGACCGUGGUGAGUUAUUCAUAGAUGAUAUUGUAAGGAGAAAUUAGAUGUUAGUCACUCUUCGGGGUCAAAGGUUAAAAGUUAACCACCUUUAACAAAAGGAACCUGAAAGCCCUGCAUAGUAGCCAUUAUUCGAUUGGUCAAACUCUAAGGUCUUAUAUACUGACAUUAGAGCUGAAAUCACAUUAUGCUAGUUUGUUUGUGGAUGUUUUGUUCUGUUCUAAGAUAUAUUUACCUUCAAACUAUAGAUACUGAAUCAAUUGCUUCUCUACAACCAAAUUAUGCCUUUUUGGUCACAAAGAAGUUACGGCAGCGAGGGAUAAGCUUAAUUGUGGGAUCUUCCAGUUCAGGUGAGAAUAAAGUACAGUGUUUUAAUUUAACGAAAGUGAAAUAUUGUAUAUGAUAAUGUAAUAUCCGAGAAUUUUACCAAAUAAUUUCCUUUCCAAUGUUUUUCUUGAUUGUAAAAUUUCAGUUUUCAGUUUUAAAGUAUUUCCAAAAACUGAUUGCAUUUGAGUUAGGCGAUUAGCUUGGAUAGUUAAGGUAGCUAUUUCAAUCUUAAUUAAUAACUGACCCUCCUUAGACUAGCUAUAGCUAUUUGCGGGUCAGCCAAUCUAAUACUGAACAUCUGAAAAAUUGAAUAAAUAUUAUUUAGUGUGAGGUAUUUCUGAGCAACGACUCGUCGUGUGUGUGUGUUAAGUGUUUACUUGCAGACAAAUAAUUUAGUUUUGUUAUGCAGUGUGGUGACAAUUCUCAAAAGUAUCUCCUACUGGAUUUAAUUACAAUCAAAUAACUAUAUUUUGUAACGAAAAUUGAGCUGAACUUUUUAUUCUUGUAGCUCUCUGGAUACCUGUGCGCACUGUAAUCUACUAAACUCAUUGUGUGUCACUGGGUAUUCAGAAUAGAUUUCUAACUGUAUAUUUCUUUACAUUCUAUCCACAGAAGAUGAAAACGAUGACGAUAAAGGUAAAUUAAUUAAAUUCUUACGCGCGUGAUUCUAAUUUGGAGAUAGUGAAAUUAUAUUUUUAAUUAAUUGUUCUUUUCUUUCAGAUAUGGGACCUCUUUCAAGGCUGUCACGAAGGUUCGGAAACGUAAUUGAUUGUGCAGGUUUAUAGAAGAGGCUAUCUAUCAACAUACUGCUACGAAUUUUACCCUCAUGUAUUGCAAAAAUUAUAUCGUUGCGAAUGAGGAGAACUUAACAACUUCAUAAUGCAAUUUGUUCCUUUUUACAGACGUCUGGACAAAGAAUUCUUACAAUUUGAAAGCGAAGGGACAGAACAGGGUACCCAAACUUCUUGUGUUUAUCUCCUGGUUUAUCAUUAAACAGUUCUUUGAAGAAAGGUCGACCUUCCUCUCUUGGAUCGACAUCUUUUUCAGCUAUUUGGUUUUUAAAAGUUAUUGUUGUUUUGUUUACUUCUUUAGAGAUUCGACCGUAUUCUACAUUUGUCCCAAGAAAACAAGUUGGAAUCACCUUAAGUAGAGAGUUAGUGUCGACAUUCGAUAUUGUUCAAUUGAUAGUUACUUAAAGUGUUUUAAGAGUGAAACGUCACUCACAUAUUUUAUUCCCUGUCAUUGUAUGGUGGAAACAUAGUACGGCUGAAUAUUCCAUGUCGCAACCUAUAUGAAGCGUGGGAAAUUCCAGCUUCUACAUAGUCUCGCCCUCAGAACGGAAAAAUCCUUUAAGAACCUUCUAUAACGGCUGUUCGCAAAAUUCAAAGGAGAGUUUCCCUACAUCUACUUAAUUUGGGUGGGGUUUGCAUUUCCGUUUUUGUUGAUCGUUUUAUAUAGUAGUGUGAAUUCCUUUUUAGGGUUCAAAACUUUGUUCCUCGCACGUCCACAAGAAACGAACUACUCCGAGACUACUCGUCGCCUUCCGACAAGCCUUCGCCGAUGAUUCGCUCAAACACGCUCACUACUUUUGAAAAGUUGGGAGACUGGAGGUUAGUUUUACAAGAUCACGUGAAAAUCAUGUAUACUUCCCGUCAAAAUCACGUGCCACAUUGGUCUGUCUACAUCUCGUGUUUUGUGAUUUAUGUUUUGCAGUUCAACAGAGAAUGCUCCACCCAUCAAUCAACGUCGAACUCUUCAGCUGAGCAAAGACAGUUCAGCAGGAUUUGGUUUCACUCUGCAGGUAUUUAAAAGUGGAGGGGAACCUGGGACAGAAGGGAGGUCUUGUACAUGCGUACUCGUCGUGCGGUUUUUCAGUGAUAUUAACUUCACAUGGAUAUCCAUCGCGGGUAGUUUUUCCGUCCCCCCCCCCAAAAAAAAAAAAAAAACACCGAGGGCUUAAAAAUUCACGCAGCACUAGUUUUAGUAUAAAAUUUACACGCAUCUUAAUAGGAAGCAGACUCGUAUGUACGUAGUGCGAACCAUUUUUUUUUUUCGUCUAUAGACGUACGGAAUUGUCCAGCAAUCAGGUGACGUGGAUUACAUGACUUUUGUUCUCAGUGUAGAGGAAGAUGGACCAGCCUACAUGGCAGGACUCAGACCAGGUGAGCCAAUAUGACACAUGCUUUUUACUCUACAUUCUCCCUGAGCAGAUUUUGAUAUACAAAUCCAGGGUUUUAGUCACAGUGCGAAAACAAAAAAAAAAGCCUAAAAACCCUUGCAAUCCGAGAUUACUAGCGUAAAACUCAGCUGAAAAUAGCUCUCUAAGUCGUUUUUUUUAAUGCCUUCCUUUCUUUCUUCUUUCCCGCUCACCUGUUUGAACUUGUUUCAUUUUUUUUUUACUGAUUGACAGGAGAUCUCAUUCUGGAAGUUGAUGGUGAAAGCGUGGAGAAGGUGGACCACAAGGAAGUGGUGGCACGUAUUCACCAAGCUUCUAAAUCAGUCAGGUAGUGACACGUGUAGUGUGCGUGAUUCGCACGUGCUGUGUGGUACACGCGACCAGUACGAUAGAUUGACGUGCAAACACUCUCUACGUAAUCAAUACAUUGUUCAGAAGAUAGACGCUAAAGUCGCUGAGAUGGUCAGCUGGGGGAGACUUUCUUAAGGUGGUACUCAGUGUUAUCACAACAAACGUGUAUUGAAAGUGUAUCUAAAAACCCGGCGAGUAUAGACGAGGAUAAACACCAAAGAGUGGAUGGCUUAUAUAAAGAUUCUCCAUGACUCGCUUUGACGAAGGAAGUUCUUAGAAAUUAAUUAAUUUCCUGUUGUCUUGAACUAAAUUUUUUAGAUUGGUGGCAGUAUUUGUAGAUGCUCUUCGAAGAAUGAAGAUGAAUACCAGACUAAAAUUACUCCAGGUUUGUACCUAUUACACUCUCAGUUAACCUUCGUCUUUAUUUGUACCCUUUUGAAAAAUAUUUUUCGUUUUAUCUCUAUAUCUUUCGCUUUCAUGACCCUUCCGCCACAAGAUCAUCGCAAUUUAUUUUUGUCAAAGCUUCCUUCAUCGUUCUUUCCUUUCCUUCUUCUUGGCGUUGUUUCCCCUAAUUUUGGUUUGGUAAACAUCAAUCCCUAUUAAGAGGAGCACGGGCCGUCUAAUUGCAAAGAAUGAUGCCAUGAAAGAUUUGGAGAAAAAGAUUUCACCACCAACAGUAGUUAUGAAAACACGUUCAUGUACGGACCCUCCAAACGUUAUUCCAAGUCAAAGAAAUGUUGAACAAUAAAACUUAAAAAUUCCCCACCCUCCCCUUCCUUGGAUAUUCUCCUUACGUGUUUGACCUUCCCGCUUAUUGAAGGAUCUUCUUAUAUUCGAAACAGGCUGAACUGGCAGACAAGGAACUCUUAUUCCAAGAAUUGUGUAAGAGAGAAGAUGAAAUACUCCAAGGUUUGUAUUGACGAGGAAGUGGUCUCUCCUAACGUGGUCGAUACGAUAUCAAGUGAACAAGUGUUUAGAAUAAAGAAAAACAUAAACUAGGGAAUAUCAAUUGAUUAAGGGAAAAAUUCUUCUUCCUUUGCCUCAACAGGAAAGGGAAUUUCCUCCUCAGAGAUGUCUUCACUGGAUCUACCUCGAGAGAGAACGAAUUCUUUUCUGUAUACCCAAGAAUUAACCAGUACUUUCAGUAAACAAUCGCCAAAUGUUCACGACAGCGUUUUACAAUAUCGCCAAGCUUUACACGACAAAGAGGCUCGUCGAAGUUCUUUGCCAGAUGGAGUUGAGCUUGGAAAACAGCGAAUUACUGCGACCACUGGUUCUGAAAUGUUAAAAAAGUUUUCCUCUCCAGAUCUAAGCGCGCAGCGGCGCAAACCAAUCAGUGCUAAACUGAUAAAAAGUUUCCGCAAGAAAAAGCCGUCAGUGGAAAGUUUUAAGUCAUACUUGGAACUCGAUUUGGACGCUGAGAAUCCUGGGAAAGAGGAGGAAACUGGAAGUGAUACACCUGGUCCCGAUGUUUUUGAGCCAGCGUUGACCACCGCUGAAGUGACAGCUACGGCAGUGUUAGACGAACCCAGGACUUUAGAACGAGAAGCUCCAGUGACAAGCAAUUUUACUCCUUUAGAAGAAAACCCAAAGCUAAGUUCUCUUAUACGAAGCAACAGUGAGCAGAACAGUUCUACCCUCUACAAGGAGUUUUCGGAAAAUCCUGAUGUGUCAAACCAAGAUCGAAUUGCACCAGGAAUAGCCCAGAUGAAGAAACGGUUCGAAAAAUCCUCGUCGUCAAAAACGUUACCGACAAAGUCUCCCAAGCCAGCGCAGGACGAACGGAAUGGAAACACUCUUGGCUCUAAUGCUCUCCGAAUGGCGGAAUUUCAUGAACUCAACCAGAGACAAACUCCUUCCUCCUAACGACAGGAAAAGUAACUUGAAAUAGAGACGAGAGAUGAAUUAAGGCAUAGUUAUCACGUGUCUUUGUGCACCUCCCCCUGAUAAGUCUUAAGUCAGAAUGAUGUUAUUGAGCAAACAAUUUGAUCCCUGAGGAAAGGUGGAUUUGGGUGCAUCAAAAUUCUUUAUGUUCACUCAUGAGGAACGUAUCGUAAGAUUAAAAAGCCCUGCGAGCAUCAAGGUGCCUAACCCACUCUAUCUCUCCCCGCUCCGCUCUUCUACGCAGAAGGUUCGGCGGGUGGGCGUUGCAAGGCCAAUUAGCCGCUUUACACAAAGAGCGAAGGCUCGUGUUGGAACGCAAAUGUAAGCAAACUGAAAGUCGCCGGAAUAGUUACUGUAGUAUCUACAAUUUGCGUAAAGCCUCAGGGCUAGAUGAGAACUCUAAGCAAUUAACAAAUGUUUGGAGAAUUACAAUUUUUUUAAUUAAGUACCGUACUCAGAGAACUUGCAAAUGCAACGGAAUAACAAUUUCCUUACAGCAAUAGGGAAAGCUUUGAAUUGAUUCACCUACAAGUUAGUAGUCUCCUCGGAAUGACAGGUUUUGUGAUAAAAAUAAUUAAAGAAUGGAUGAUUUGAAAUUGGAUAUUGUUCUCAUGAGAAAUGUUAAAAACUUGCCAUCGGGAUUCAUGUUCUCGUAACUGAAAAAAAAAAGUUGCCAAUUCGCUUUGUUUUUUGCAAAGUAAGACAAAGAAUUGUUUACGGUUUAUGAUGCAAAUGCACUGCUAUUGUUCUUCUCG